AUCGGAUAUUUUUGAAUAGGAAUAGCUAAUUUUGCCUAUAAAGCAUUCAGGAAUUCGUGCAUAUCCUCUCUUCUCACAUUCAAUUCAAGAGUACGUCUUACAAGGAGCGAUUUUCCAGGUGAUAUUAGCUUAUUGAGGUCCAGAGAAAAUGGGAGGUGGAAAGGACAAGCACCACGAAUCUGACAAGGGGCUUUUCUCUCAUCUUGCGGGCCAUUAUGGAUACCCAGGCAGUCAAUACCCCCCAAGUGCCCCUGGAGGCUACCCUCCACAAGGCUACCCUCCAUCAGGUUAUCCUCCACAGCAAGGAUAUCCGCCAUCAGGUUAUCCUCCACAACAAGGAUACCCGCCAUCAGGCUAUCCUCCGCAGGGAUACCCGCCAGCUGGCUACCCACCUGCUGGAUAUCAACAUGGACCCCAUCCAGGAACCACAUUGAGCUUGAGGACAAAAUGUUGUUGGUUUCUGGAAAAUGAAAGCUGGGGAAGCAGUAUGAGUGAAGGUGGUUCGGGCAUUGGAGGACUGUUAGCGGGAGGUGCUGCAGCUGCUGCCGCUGCUUAUGGUGCUUCACAUUUGAUGCAUGGCGGUGCCCAUGGCAUGGGGCAUUAUGGUCAUGGCCCCAUGCAUGGCAUGGGUCAUUAUGGUCAUGGCAAGAUUAAGCAUGGGAAGUUCAAGCAUGGAAAGUUUGGCAAGCACGGCAAGCACAAGAGAGGAAAGCAUGGAUUCGGGAUGCAUGGUGGCAAAUUCAAGAAGUGGAAGUGAUCUAUAAUGAUCUGUGAUUGUUGCCCCUAGAUUUUAAUAAAUCAAAGUAACCUUUGUGUUUGCUAUGCGUGGCUUUUCUCCUU